UCAGCGCUGAAGAAGAAACUCAUGGAGCUGCACAAUCAGAGUGAAAGAGCUGUUCGCGUGAUGAAUGCUGUGAAAACAAAACAAAGCCAAGCUGCUGAGACAGCUUCCAGAAAGAAAGAUUUGAUCAGAAGUGAGUUUUCAGAAAUUAAAGCUUUAAUCGAAGAAAGAGAAAAUCAGACCUUGAAAAUAAUGGAAGAUGAAGAAAAAAGAGUUUACAAUAAGUUUGAUUAUAUUUAUGGUAUUCUGGGAAGCAAGAAGAAGGAAAUUCAGGCUCUCAGUGAUCAGAUUGAGAUGGCACUGACUGAAGGUGAUGACAUUCUGUUUUUGAAGAGAGCAGCAGCACUGCAGCAAGUAUCAACAAAAGAAGCUUUUGUUCCUGCAAUUGAAAUGGACCAAACCCUGAUACAUUCUACUUACCAGUCUGCCAUUAACCUUAAAGACACUGUGAAACUUGCAGUGAUGCAGGAGCAAACCCACAAAGAGAAAAUCCUGCACCAGACUCCAGCCACUUUACCAGUGGAGGCAGAUACCACACCAACCACGGGAACAUCAAAUGCUGCAACUAAAGAACUUAUUGACAGCUUUCUGAAGAAAUCCAGAGAGGAGCUUUUGCAGUAUGCUGCUAACAUCACGCUGGAUUACAACACAGCUCAUAACAAAGUGAUUCUCUCUGAGAGAUACACCAGGAUGUCUGUCUCGGACACCCCCCUGAGUUACAACCACCACCCUCAGCGCUUCACCGAUUGUGUCCAAGUGCUGGGGUUCCAGUGCUUCAAGAGAGGCAUCCACUACUGGGAAGUGGAACUGCAGCAGAACAACUUCUGUGGCAUUGGCAUCUGCUACGGCAGCAUGGCGCGGCAGGGGCCAGAGAGCCGCCUGGGGAGGAACAGCAGUUCUUGGUGUAUUGAGUGGUUUAAUUCCAAAAUAUCAUCCUGGCAUAAUGAUGGUGAAAAGUGCUUACCCAAUGUGAAGGCUACCAAGAUUGGUGUGCUGCUCCACUGCGAGGGAGGGUUUGUGAUUUUCAUGGCUGUUGGGGAGAAGCAUAACUUGAUCUAUAAAUUCAAAACCCAGUUUACUGAAGCCUUGUACCCAGCCUUCUGGUUAUUUUCCAGUGGCACUGUUCUCUCUCUCUGCCAAAUGAAACAGUAA